AUGUCUGAAAGCACUGCUCCUGCUGGCAACGCCGCCGACACCUCGCAGGAGGCUCUCAAGCUUGUCAUCUGCUGCUGGAAGAAUUUCGGUGCCGACAACAAGGUGAAUGCCCCUAACAUCGACGAAGACUCGCAGGAAACCGCUGACUUGGCAAGAUCAACUUCCAAGCCGUCGCCAACGAGCUUGAGAUCACCAGCAAGGCAGCCGCGCACCAACACGGCCACGGCCACCCCAGCUGCCUCACAGGAUCCGAGCGCUGCUGCUGCUCCUACCCCCGCCAAGCGCAAGCGCGCCACCAAGGCUACUGCUGGUGCCGGGGAGGGCAAGACCAAGCGCUCCAAGUCCGUCGCCGUCCCGGUGAAGGAGAAUGACGAGGACCCGUUUGUCGAGCAGAAUGCUGGAAAGAAAGAGCCUGAGGAGGAGACGAAGGAGUGA